AAGUGCGUAGCAUAUUGAAGGUAACAACAGCAAUAAAACAAUAAUAGCUCGGAAACAAAUCACCAUCGGUGCAUGGGUCAACAUCAUAAUCUAAAAGCGCAUCUGUACAACAACAUUUCGAAACGGUUAUAAUGAGCCAAAUCGCACGCAAGCAACUAAGCAACUAAACAACUAAGCGACUGAGCGGCUAAGCGGUUACGCAUUCCAGAGACGUGGCAACAACAGCCCGAUGCAAGCUAAACGCGAAACCCAUAAAUCAUAAUAAAGCGUUCGCUGACGAAUUGCUGCCCCUCCGUUGAACAUUCCGUCUUCAAUUUUCGCGCUUUGUUUGGAUCCACGCGCUCGUUGCCGACGGCUCCGGCAACAUUUACACAACGCAACGCUGCGAGGUCUGAAUGCCACUGCUUUUGGCAAUGCCCGAACCAGAACGUUCUCUGUCUCUAAUGACAGUGGCCGAUGUUGCCGCCGCAAUGCCCGUGGCGGAGGUGACAAAGUCGCCAACUCGAACCACUCCAACGGUGGCUGCGACAAGCAGGCCGAAUGCGUCCAGUCAUUCUAUGCCUAUCAAACAGCAAUCAAAUACAGUCUUAGCCUCAAAUGUACUGACAUCAACAGCAAUAGCAACAACAGCAUUGACAACAACGGCCGCAGUAACCGGCGCAUUAGCCGGCACAAUGCUUACGGCAAUGGCUCCAUCGAGUACGGCGAUAAGAACAGCAGCCACUACAGGUGUUAAUAGCCAAAUUACAGACGAGAGAGGUAGCGUUACCUCGCCACAUCAUCACUCAACAGUUGGCGUUGUUAGCAGCAAUUAUGUAGUAAAUGAAAUUGCCACCGCCAGCAGCAGCAAGCCCGACGGAGCGAACGCAGCCGACGCAGACAACAUCAAUGGCAGUGUGUUUGGUGGCCGUUAUGACGGCGUGUCCGAUACUUCAUCAAAUCGACACCAUCGCCGACAUUUGAAUGGCAAUAGCCAGCAAGCUAACAAUUGCGACGACGACUACGACGACGUCAACAACGACGGCCACGACGACGGAGACAAGGUUAAUUGUUACGCUUCAGGCACCCGCUCCCCUCUGUGGCACGUCGGCGAUAAGCAAAUCUCCCCCGCUGCCCCAACAGCUCUAACGUCGGCAACAGCUUGCUGGCAUGGGUGUUAUUCGCCCACUCGCCACCAAGAGAAUGAAUCAUCAAUUAGCGCUGAUGGAGUGACGACAGCACCAUCGCCGCAUUAUCCGCAAAUUCACGUCAAACAGGAAUUCCUUCAAACGCAAUACAUGCAAGCCGAAGACGAGGUUGCGCACGGAGAUGAAGAGCGAACAAAUGAUAACAGACAGACGGUGCACACAGCUGAAGCUGCUCCCGUCAAGCAAGAGACGGCGACAUCGAAGGUUCUCGGCGCAUCAAAGGGGCUUUUUAUACACUGCCCCUGGCAUUUAUCACCGUUCAACUUAAGCUCAAACUCACGAACACCAGCGCCAGCGCCAACGCCAACAACAACUUCAUUCGCCGUUGCUGCAAUAAAUGCAAUGGACAAUCAAAAUGUACAUUAUAACGGUAUUUACCCUUUACCCCUACCUGGUCAACUGUUAGCCGAUGUCACCAAAGGUUCAGAAAACACACUUCCCCAAGCCGAGCUGCAGCCAUUCCAGUUGGAUCAUUUGGAGUAUAUGAAAUCAAUUAACUCCGCAAUGUUAGCGCAAAUCGAGGAAAAUAGCUCUUUGAGCACUCAACUAACAAUUAACAAGCUUCCGAGUUUAUUUGGCAGUUUAUAUAAUCAACCUAAUGGAAGUUAUAUAAAAAAAGGAUUGCAUAAUAAACUGUUUCAGCAAGAGACUGAAGAGGCAAGUGGAGUCACUGCAGAAGCUGGGAAAUCCCCAACGCUUCAACAGGUGUUCGAAACUGCCAGGUCCAAUCGACUGACGACGUUGUCUAUACCUCAUGUUCGUCUACCAUCCGGUGAACGCCUAAAUGACUCCCUCAUCCCAAUGACCCACGCAGAAUCAGAACCCACAAAAAAAGUGAAUGGCAAUGUUUCCCUAGCAGCUCUUCACAAUAUUCAGCUCCAAACGCCGCCAUCAUCUUCGCCGCAGCAAAUGGCCGAACUAUUUCUGCAACCAACGCUGUUACCUCAACGCAUGCUUCAGUUUCCACAGACCCCGCCUGUUGCGACUAACUUAAAGGUACCCAAAGUGGGGCAACCAUAUCAUGAUAACUUUCGCAAUCAAUAUAGAAAUCAAAUGUCCAAUAACGCUGACACCUUGGUCUCGGCCGCCGAAUCUCUGCAAUUAUACAAAUCCAUAUCAGAACACCAACCGCCUCUGAACAAAGUUGGGUUGCAAACCAAGAGUACAAUGACAGGUCCUUUCCCAUUCAGAAACGACCCAACCACAGCCAACUCGGCAGCAGUGGCGACUCCAACAAAUAUGUCAGCAUCGAUGGAAAUGAAAGCGCAACCAGCAACAAUGGGGGCACUAAUUAAUACGUUUCAGCCUUCAUUUAUCUCCAUACCUCACACAUCAUCAACAACUCCAAUGUUUGCGCACCGGAAGCCACCUCCUCCACCACCCUAUUCCCUUAAACACCACAGAGACUGGAAAGUAGAAGAAACGUCAUCUCACGAGACGUCUACAUCGGCGCUGCCGUCAUACGUUAGAAAGUCAUUAACCCAGAAUGCCAACAACACUCAUGGUGCCGCGUCUAACGACCAAACGGCGAGACUUUCUCAACUAACGAAUACCCACAAACACACCCACAACCAGGACCACGUCCACAAUAAAACCAAAAGCAAGCAGAAACAAAGGCAAAAGCAAAAACAAACACAAAAAUCGAAACAAAAGCAACCAGACUAUGAACAGGAGUGCGUAACAUACACAUCCUUGGGUUAUACUAGCAAUGGAGAGCAAUUGUUCGUGCGGCAUUUUCACGAGAGAGAUCGUCUCAUACGAGAGCAUCAAUUAAAGCAUCGCAUAUGCAACACCUUCAGUGCUAACAACGACGAUUUUGAUGGUGAUGGACGCGGUCGGCAAACAACUACACAUCACGAAGAGACGACAGCAUGUCUGGGGUCACCCGGAAUCUGUGAAAGCCUUGAAAGCGUCGCGGUAGCCACAACAAAGACCACGUCAGCAUCGACUGUUGCUGUUGCCGUUGCUGCUGAUGCUGCGAAUGGCAUUGCCUUUGUUAAUAACGCUAGCACUAAUUCUAAUUGGCAUGGUGUCUGCCGUAGUGUUGAUGACAUUGUGCCGCCACUGGACCAAGACCAAACCGAGCGGGCGACAGCGACAGUGGCAGUGGGUGCUCUUGCUGGCGUUCGUAUCGACGACACUGCGGCUGCGAGGGAUGAUUUGGCGCGAUUCGAGGAAAUGACGACACGAGACAAUGCACUAAUCUCAACGACCACAGACACGUCCCCCAAAGUCAUGGAUAGAUGCGCGCUCCACACGCAGGUGACGAAACAAAGAAGUGCGAAUGUUCCAAUGGCAGAUCCAUUCAAUGGACACAUGCGAUACUCGCCGUCACCACUUCGCUCAGCAGCCGGCGACAACGAUAGGCAUGAAGAUGGAGGGUGUGCUGAGCAGUUUAAGCGAUGUGUCCUGCCAGCGAAGAAUUUGAGUAAGAAGCGUCGUCAUGAAGUGGCCGCAGAGUCGCACGAAAUACUUGACCUUGCUCCACAAUCACCAAAGAGACUAGCGCGUUCACCACUCCGUCCUGUGACGCCGGGUGAGAUGAAUGCAAGAACCGCUGAUGAGCACUGUCAGCAGCUAUCGGAAAGUGCGUCGAACCUCUUUGCUGCGCUGCAGAGUCCACUGGCACCGCUACUGCUGCAAAAUCACCUUGGCAUGGCAGCACCAAACUAUGCUGCCAGUGAAAUGCAGCAGGCGUUCCAGCUCCAACUGCAAAGCUAUGUAGAUAUGAUGCGUCAAGUAGCGCCAGAUAAUUUUCAAAAUCCAACAGCUACGCAUUUCCUGCUCCAAAACUCUCUCCAAGCCAUGGCUCAGUUUCAAGCUUUGCAACAAUUGAAACAACAACAACAGCUACAACAAGAGCUGCAACAACAUUUUGAAAGCGAAGAACACCCACCCACGAGCAGAUUUAAUUCCCAAGGCACGCCAGCACGAGGAAUAAAACAUUUUUCCACGCCGUUGGUCUCAUCACCAUUGCGUAGCCCCUCUUUAAGUCCAGUUAGUCGGCGUCACAUGAAAUCCUAUAAGCUUACACAAGACGAUGAAGAAGAAGAAAGCGGCAACGCAAACUCUUCGCAGCAGACCACACCACCUAAUUCUGCCUUGGGUCUACAAAUGGGCAGCGCCAUCUUAACGCCAAAUACGCCCGGCAUGUCUUCCAUAUUCCCCAACACGUUACCCGGCGCAACAAUGAGCUUCAGCAGUACACCACAAAACAACAAAGCGGUCGGGCCAAACACAAUGUCGGCAGCAGCACGCUCUCUCGACCAAUCGCCCGAAGAGACAACCGAUCUGGAAGAACUCGAACAAUUCGCCAAAACUUUCAAACAGCGCCGUAUCAAACUCGGCUUCACGCAAGGCGAUGUUGGCUUGGCAAUGGGAAAAUUGUACGGCAAUGACUUCUCGCAAACCACCAUCUCACGAUUUGAAGCACUCAACCUCAGCUUCAAAAACAUGUGCAAACUAAAGCCGCUGCUGCAAAAAUGGCUGGCUGAUGCAGACAAUACAAUAUCAAAAACGGGCGGUGUGUUCUCACUGAGCUCCAUGACAACAACGCUCACUACACCCGAAAACAUAAUUGGACGAAGACGCAAAAAGCGCACCUCCAUCGAGACCAACGUUCGCAGCACACUCGAAAAGGCAUUCAUGGUCAACUGCAAACCCACUUCAGAGGACAUCAAUAAUUUGGCGGAUCAACUAAAUAUGGACAAAGAAGUGGUGCGCGUUUGGUUUUGCAAUCGGCGGCAAAAGGAGAAACGCAUCAAUCCCGCCAUGGACCUGGACAGUCCGACAGGCACACCACUCAGCAGCCACAUCUUCGGAUUCCCCGCAAAAGCGCUCAGUAUGUCAAACAGCCAAGAAGCCUCCUCAAUGUGCGGCAGCUCGAUUAGCUCCUUGUCGCCACAUUGCGCGAGCAAGCAAGAAUGAUCCCUAGGCCACAGUGAUGUGAAUCGAAAAAAGUCCUAUCGGGAAAUAAGCAAACCCCAUUCGUCAUACCUGCAGAGCUUGGCACCGCCGCUACAUUCGAGCCCGUUCUUCGAGAACCGCCAGGCUUUGCAAAGGAUUUGGCACUUCUGCGAGCAACCGUCGUCGUUUGCGUCGAACUCGUUCGAUACAUAUUCACAUUACACGGAGCUGAUCUAAACAUAUUCACACAACCAUACAUACCUAAGCUAAACAAAUGUGUAUAUACAAAAACUAAGUAUUUAAGUAAUGUAGCGCUAAAAUAUAGACAUUACUUUUACGAAAGUCUAUCUCUUGAUCAUAUCAACGCCCGGCCACAGACAGAGCCAUAAUUUAAUUAUAAUUAUUUAAGCAAUUACAAGUUCCAAAUGUGUAUUUUAAAUGUUUGUACAAUCUAUCACUCAAGUAUUACACAGUUAUGUAACAGUUAUGUAAUGCGUAACGUACAUUUAUAUGUGCUCUUCGGCUACAGCGACAACGACUUGUGGCGAGUCUGAAGAGUUGGUAGUAUAUAUGUAUUUCAAUUUGUUUUUGGAAUGAAAUUAACCGAAUAUGUACAUAUAUUAUUUACACACAUACAUGGGCAAGCAUUUGUGUAUGUAUGUAAACGCAUUGAAUGUGUGUGUAAGUCGCAUUUAAUGAAAUUACUUCGUCAAGGUUCCUAUAUUUAUGUUCAAAUCCAGUUCAUGUAAUUAUUUAUGCGCAACACAUGUUCAAUUCAGGCGAGUCUAGUAUAUUUUUUAUUAGUUUUUUGUUUCUCACACUCGAAGAAUUUGAAGUGAAUCGCACGAAGCCCCAAAUGCCGAUCUUCCAUUAAAAAGCAAUUUUUAAAAUCCGCAAAUAUUUUCAAGUGCUUUUCGAAUUUUUACAAACAAACAUAUGCAUACAUACAUACAUAUAUACAUGCGUACAUACACACAAUCACAGAUAAUUGGGUAUUGCUUUUCGAAAUUUCUGGAAAAGUUUUGAUUUCGAAAAUCAGCAUUCAAUGUCUCCAAAUCUUUUUUCAACAUUUUCGCCUUUUAUUCUUUGUAUGUAUGUAUCAUAAAGAUCGAUUUUUUUUAAUUUGGUUUCUCUAACAUUAAAUGUGCAUUCAUAUUAAUUUUAUUAAAGCAAGGCUCACUGCGCGCAGCUUCCGAAAUAAGCCUGUGUGCAGAUUGUGCUGGAAUUGGUUUGCGUUUUAUAGUUUGAACUGCACUUUCCACUAGAAAAUGUUUGCCAAUUCCAAUUCUCCUAUUCAAAUAACAUUUCUAAUAUUUCUGCAAAACUGUUCAAACUUUUUGGAGGCUUUCGUGCAUUUUAUGUUGCUAAUUGUAAAUCCACUUCAGGUUGAGCCGAGUGCUUAUAUGGUGUAUAUUGUAUAGGAAAUUUUAAACUUCUUAUUAAAUUAUUACUUGUAACUGUAUACAUAUGAACUUCGAUUAUACUAAAUUAUAAAAUAAUUAAUGUAGAUUUGUAGAAAAAUAAAUGAGUUCACACCGAACGCAAGGAUAUCAAUACAAAUAAAAAC